AUGUAUUUCACGUCUAGCAAUAAACUUGAACCUAAUGGUGUGACAGGAGUGAGGGAAUGUGCCCACAAGUCCUUCGGUCCUGCAUUUCUCCUGACUGAGGGCUCAGCAGGCAGGAGGUUAGGACCGCCUCCGCUGAGUGAUGCCUGGAGCGUGCCCCCCCUGGUGGCUGUGUGGUUGUCAGCCUCUGGUACCUUCAGCAAACAAAUCCCAAAAGAAUUAGGUGGAUGUUAUGCGAGAUUUAAACGCGAGACCCAUGGUACCCAGAAGAGGAGAGCUCUACAUUGCACUCAGAGAGCCUUGAUUCAGAGCCAAGAACUGGGUGACGGCAAGAUUCAGGUUGUGAGUCAGAUGGCAGAGCAGGCUGAGAACCAGAGCAGACAAGUGGGCAGUCACGUAGAACUAUGUGAGGCUCGGCAAGAGAUCAAUGACACCACGGGCAACCGUGGCAAAACCAGCCGAGACGAAUCAAAGAACCAGACAAUCACUCAAGAAGGAAAGCCCAAGGAUAAGAGUUCCCGACCACAGAGCAACAAUGAGAAUCGAGAGAAUGCAUCCAAUUGUCGCAAUGACAAUGACAUUCCUUCUGCAACACUGAAGGAGAAGACAAAAAUGUUGAAGAAGAGGAAACUCUCUAAAGCCAAAGCCAAGUGGGAAGCCUCUCCUGCAGACCUUCCCAUCGACCCAAAGGAGCCAACGUGCCGUCUGGGGAAUCAGGUCUCCUAUGGAGAGAUGAUCGACUGUGACAAUGAUGAGUGUUUCCUGGAGUGGUUUCAUUUCUCAUCCGUGGAAAUGAAUCAUAAACCAAAGGGCAAGUGGGACUGUCCCAGACGUAGAGAAGAAAAUGAGAAAACAAUGGGCAAAGCCCUAGAGAAAUUCAAAAAAGAAAGAGCUUACCACAGGUAG